GCGCAGCGCCGCGCAGCCCGUACCCUCACACAAAGCCCAGACGCGGAGAAAAUGGCGGCAGGGGUCGAAGCGGCGGCCGAGGUGGCGGCGACGGAACCUAAAAUGGAGGAGGAGAGCGGCACGCCCGGCGUGCCAAGUGGCAACGGGGCCCCGGGCCCGAAGGGUGAAGGAGAGCGACCUACUCAGAAUGAGAAGAGGAAGGAGAAAAACAUAAAAAGAGGAGGCAAUCGCUUUGAGCCAUAUGCCAAUCCAACUAAAAGAUACAGAGCCUUCAUUACAAACAUACCUUUUGAUGUGAAAUGGCAGUCACUUAAAGACCUGGUUAAAGAAAAAGUUGGUGAGGUAACAUACGUGGAGCUCUUAAUGGACGCUGAAGGAAAGUCAAGGGGAUGUGCCGUUGUUGAAUUCAAGAUGGAAGAAAGCAUGAAAAAAGCUGCGGAAGUUCUAAACAAGCAUAGUCUGAGUGGAAGACCACUGAAAGUCAAAGAAGAUCCUGAUGGUGAACAUGCCAGGAGAGCAAUGCAAAAGGUGAUGGCUACGACUGGUGGGAUGGGUAUGGGACCAGGUGGCCCAGGAAUGAUUAAUAUCCCACCCAGUAUCCUAAAUAAUCCUAACAUCCCAAAUGAGAUUAUCCAUGCAUUACAGGCUGGAAGACUUGGAAGCACAGUAUUUGUAGCAAAUCUGGAUUAUAAAGUUGGCUGGAAGAAGCUGAAGGAAGUUUUUAGUAUGGCUGGUGUGGUGGUCCGAGCAGACAUUCUUGAGGAUAAAGAUGGAAAAAGUCGUGGAAUAGGCACUGUUACUUUUGAACAGUCCAUUGAAGCUGUGCAAGCUAUAUCUAUGUUUAAUGGUCAACUGCUAUUUGAUAGACCAAUGCACGUGAAAAUGGAUGAGAGGGCCUUACCAAAGGGAGAUUUUUUCCCUCCUGAGCGUCCACAGCAGCUUCCCCAUGGGCUUGGUGGUAUUGGCAUGGGGUUGGGCCCAGGAGGACAGCCGAUCGAUGCCAAUCACCUGAAUAAAGGCAUUGGCAUGGGAAACAUAGGACCCGCAGGAAUGGGAAUGGAAGGCAUAGGAUUUGGCAUAAAUAAAAUGGGAGGAAUGGAGGGACCUUUUGGUGGCGGUAUGGAAAACAUGGGUCGAUUUGGCUCUGGGAUGAACAUGGGCAGAAUAAAUGAGAUGGAGCGUGGCUUGGGUGGAGGAUUUGAGAGAGACUUUGCCAGAAACAAGAUGGGAAUGUUUCGAAGCUCUGGACAGCCCCAUGGCAGAGGCAUGGAAAUCCUAAGUAAUGCACUGAAGAGAGGAGAGAUCAUUGCAAAGCAGGGAGGAGGUGGAGGUGGAGGCAGUGUCCCUGGGAUCGAGAGGAUGGGCCCUGGCAUUGACCGCAUUGGGGGUGCCGGCAUGGAGCGCAUGGGCGCAGGCCUGGGCCAUGGCAUGGAUCGCGUGGGCUCCGAAAUUGAGCGCAUGGGCCUGGUCAUGGACCGCAUGGGCUCAGUUGAGCGCAUGGGCUCGGGCAUCGAGCGUAUGGGCCCACUGGGCCUCGACCACAUGGCCUCCAGCAUCGAGCGCAUGGGCCAGACCAUGGAGCGCAUCGGCUCCGGAGUGGAGCGCAUGGGUGCCGGCAUGGGCUUUGGCCUCGAGCGCAUGGCCGCGCCCAUCGACCGCGUGGGCCAGACCAUUGAGCGCAUGGGCUCUGGUGUGGAGCGGAUGGGCCCUGCCAUCGAGCGCAUGGGCCUCAGCAUGGAGCGCAUGGUGCCCGCAGGCAUGGGGGCUGGCCUGGAGCGCAUGGGCCCUGUGAUGGAUCGCAUGGCCACCGGCCUGGAGCGCAUGGGCGCCAACAACCUGGAGCGCAUGGGCCUGGAGCGGAUGGGCGCCAACAGUCUCGAGCGCAUGGGCCUGGAGCGCAUGGGCGCCAACAGCCUGGAGCGCAUGGGUCCCGCCAUGGGUCCGGCCCUAGGCGCUGGCAUUGAGCGCAUGGGCCUGGCCAUGGGUGGCGGUGGCGGUGCCAGCUUUGACCGCGCCAUCGAGAUGGAGCGAGGCAACUUUGGAGGAAGCUUCGCAGGUUCCUUUGGCGGAGCUGGAGGCCAUGCUCCUGGGGUGGCCAGGAAGGCCUGCCAGAUAUUUGUGAGAAAUCUCCCAUUUGAUUUUACAUGGAAGAUGCUAAAAGACAAAUUCAACGAAUGUGGCCACGUGCUGUAUGCCGACAUCAAGAUGGAGAACGGGAAGUCCAAGGGGUGCGGUGUGGUUAAGUUUGAGUCGCCAGAGGUGGCUGAGAGAGCCUGCCGGAUGAUGAAUGGGAUGAAGCUGAGUGGCCGAGAGAUUGAUGUUCGAAUUGAUAGAAAUGCUUAAGCAGUUGCCUUUUUUAAACAUCGAUACCAGACCUCUGAAUUUGUAUUUUUUCUUGUUAACCAUUUUAAUUUGUUGGCUGGAUGUAUAAAGAUGUUUAAAAAAUUCAGUUGCUUUUUGGGGUAAUUUGAAUUACUUUUUUAAUGACUGGGGUUCCAUUUGACUGUUUGCAUUGAGAUUGCAAUGUGCGCAAUUUUUUUUGUAGUUGUGGCAUCUUGUUGACAUCGAAUAUGACUUUGAUAAUAAAUACCAGUUCCUGAAAAGA